AUGAAGACUCUCAUGUCUUUCUUCCUUUCCUUGAUCGUUGCAGUUCACAGCCAGCAGUGUCUCAAAGACCAGCAACUAAACUUGCUCGACUUCAAGAACAGCCUUCUAUUCAAUGCUUCUCUUUCCUCCAAGCUUGUAUCAUGGGAUUCGAGAACCGACUGCUGUUCUUGGCCUGGUGUAAGUUGCAGUACUAAUGGCAGUGUUGUUGGUCUUGACAUCAGCCGUGAGUCUAUCUCAGGUGGAAUCUACAACUCUAGCAGUUUGUUUGAUCUUCAACAUCUUCAAAGCCUCAGUUUGGCCUUUAACAACUUUACUGGCUCUCAAAUUCCAUCUGCAACCGGAAAGCUCACAAGUUUGAGGUACCUAAACUUAUCCUCUGCUGGUUUUGGAGGGCAAAUUCCCAUUGAGAUUUCUUUGUUGGGAAAGUUGGUAAUCCUUGAUAUUUCCUAUAAUCAAGGACUUGAGAUCCAGGAUUUGAGCAUGCUGAUUCAGAACCUCACAGAACUUACAGAGUUAUAUCUUGACAAUGUGAGUAUAUUGUCACAGACAAGUGACUGGUCCCUAGCCAUAUCAUCAUCACUGCCAAACCUGAAGGUGUUGAGCUUAUCCAACUGUCACCUUUCUGGCCCUAUUGACAAGUCCCUGGCUAAGCUCUCAUCUCUAUCCGUGAUUCGGUUGGAUUUAAACAAGAUAUCUUCUCCCAUUCCUGGAUUCUUUGCCAACUUUGCAAACUUGACUACCUUGAGUCUCAGAAGCUGUGGUUUGCAGGGAACAUUUCCAAAAGAGAUCAUUCAGGUACCUUCUUUACAAACUAUUGACCUUUCCUAUAACUAUGGUCUUGGUGGUUCUUUGCCUGAAUUUUCGAAGAACGCAUCUCUUCAGUCCUUGAAUCUUUAUGUGACAAACUUUUCAGGGGUCUUACCUGACUCCAUUGGAAACCUCAAUAUGUUGUCAACAAUAAAUCUUUCAGGAUGCAAAUUUUCAGGAUCAAUUCCAAGGGCGAUGGGAAACCUUACAAAAUUGGUUCAUUUUGAUUUGUCAGGGAAUCAGUUUAAUGGCUCAAUUCCGUGCUUCAGUAGCGCAAAAAAUCUAGCCGAAAUAAAUCUGUAUGCCAAUGAUCUAACUGGUCAUAUUGGUUGCACUCAGUGGCAAAACCUUACUAGCCUAGUGAGUAUCAACUUAGGUAGUAAUGUGUUCCAAGGGAGUCUUCCAUCCUCUUUGUUUUGUCUUCCCUUGCUGAAGAGCUUAAAUCUUGGCCACAAUCAAUUCUCUGGUCAAUUCCCUGAAAUUUGCAAUGCCUCUUCUUACUUGAUGGAAAGUGUUGACUUAAGUGACAACAAUCUUGAAGGGCCAAUUCCCAUGUCUAUCUUUAAUCUCCUAGGACUUAAGGAACUUCUUCUUAAUUCAAACAGUCUCAAUGGCUCAUUUCCUCUUGAUGGUCUUCACCAGCUCAUAAAUCUUGAGAUUCUUUAUCUUCAAGAGAAUAGCUUGGUGCUUAGUUAUGAUGCUACCAAUUCCUCUUAUUCCUCAUUUCCUCAGCUUUAUCAAUUGAAGUUAGCUUCAGGAAAGCUGACAACAUUCCCUGAUUUCUUGAGAAAUCAAUCCGGAUUGGCAUUUCUGGACCUCUCAAAUAACCUGUUACAUGGCAUGAUACCUAACUGGAUAUGGAAACUUAAUCUUUACCAGCUGAACCUCUCCUGUAAUUCCCUACAAACUAUAGAAGGUCCUUUACUCAAUGUCACAUCUCCAGUAUUUUUGCUGGACCUUAGUUACAACAAGCUUCAAGGGCAGAUCCCAGAUUUCUCUUCUUAUUAUCUGGAUUACUCCAGCAAUAAUUUCAGCUCUGGCAUACCAACUGGUGCAGAUUUCUGUAGGUAUACUUCCUUUUUCUCUGCUGCAAACAAUAACCUCAGUGGGAUCAUUCCUGGAUCAAUUUGCAAUUCAGCAUCUCUUGAGGUCCUCGAUCUAUCCAAUAAUUCCUUCACUGGCACGCUACCUCAGUGCUUCACCACAAUGAGUGGCCUUGCAGUACUUGAUUUAAGUGGAAACAAUGUUACUAACGUUGUAAUACCUCAGAAUUGCAACUUGGGAAGUCUAGACCUGAGUGGAAAUCAGUUGGAAAGCCAGCUUCCAAAAUCUCUUGCCAACUGUACAAAGUUGGAGGUGUUAAACCUCGGAAACAAUCAGAUAACAGAUGCCUUUCCUUGCUUUUUGAAGAACAUAUCCACCUUGCGUCUGCUUAGUUUACGGUCCAAUAACUUUUACGGAUCCUCUGUUUGUCCCAAGACUAAUGGAGGUUGGCCAAUGCUUCAGAUCAUAGACCUAGCUGACAAUAAUUUUGAAGGUGAAAUAUCUGGAAGCUUUUUAUCAACUUGGCAAACAAUGAUAGCCAACGAAGAUAAUGCUGCUCGAUAUCGCUAUCACCUUGGGAUGCAGGGAGGUAUGCGUUAUGUGAUUAAUUAUAAAGAUGCAGUUACAGUUACUAGCAAAGGUUUACAGAUGAACCUGCCAAGCAUUCUCACUGUUUUCACCUUAAUUGACUUCUCAUGCAACAAGUUCAAUGGAUCAAUUCCUGAGGAAAUCGGAGGACUCAAAUCACUACGAGUCCUCAACUUGUCCAAAAAUGCUUUCACAGGUGCAAUCCCAUCAUCACUAAGUAGCUUGCAAGUAGUUGAGUCCUUAGACCUCUCGCAGAACAAGCUGAGUGGCGAAAUUCCACCACAGUUUGCAAAACUUACUUUCCUUACUGUCUUGAAUCUAUCAAAUAAUCAACUGGUGGGCAGAAUUCCAACAAGUACUCAAUUUUCCACAUUUCCAAAAUCUUCAUUUCAAGGAAAUAUAGAUUUAUGGGGGCCUCCUUUGACAGAAGACAACAUAGCGGGAACAUCACCGCCAAUAGUAGGAGGAAGUCGUCAAACUUCUGGACAUGAGGUUGAUUGGGAUGUUAUCAGUGUUGAAAUUGGAUUCGCAGCUGGCUUUGGAGUUGCCAUUGCAUCACUAUUCUUAUGCAAGAGAUGGAGGCAGUGGUACUACAUAACUAUGUAUAAAAUACUUCUUAAGAUCUUCCCUCAGCUAGAACAAAGAUUUGGCAAUCACAGACGACAUGUUUCCAUCCAUCAAAGGUACGGGAGGCGUUGA